AUGAAUGGUUCAAAAGUCAUGCAACUAUACAUCCGUCGUGCAGAUAUCAAAUUCAUUGAUAGCUUGAAUUUCCUGCCCAUGACUCUAUCUAAACUUCCUAAGUCCUUUGGCAUAGACGAGUUACACAAAGGCUGUUUUCCCCACCUGAUUCUGAAAACCGCUGGAGAGAGUUACAGAGGACCCAUACCCAAGGAUCGUUAUUUUGACCCAGAUGGUAUGAAGGAGGAGCCUAGAAAAAAAUUCUACACAUGGUACAAUGGAGAAGUAGAAAAGAAAUCCGUUUAUGAUUUACGUAAAGAACUGCUCAAGUACUGUCGGAGCGACGUGCGCAUACUCGAGGAGUGUUGUUUGGCAUUUAGGUCGAUGAUGAUGGAUCUCACCAAAGUUGACCCCUUCAACCAUUGCAUCACGAUCGCUUCCGUGUGCAACAUCAUAUUUCGAAAGCAUUUCCUGACUCCUGACACAAUCGGGGUUGUGCCUGAGAAAGGGUACCUCAGCGCCCAGAAUCAAUCCGUAGAUGCUAUAAGAUGGAUGGAAUACAAGGCACACGUCAAUAACACGCAUAUUCAACAUGUUCGUAAUUCCAGAAGGGAGAUGAAAAUUGGACUUUAUUACGUAGACGGAUAUGAUGCUUCUACCGAAACCUAUGAAUACUACGGUUGUUACUUCCACGGUUGUCCAAAGUGUUUUCCCAGAAGGAAUGAGACGAAUCGCAAGAAUGAACUCAGUAUGACAUCCCUCUACGAAAGGCUACUGGCAAGGGAAGAGUGGUUGAAAUCAAAAGGAUACUCGCUAGUCACCAUGUGGGAAUGCAAUUUCAAAAACCUGAUGAAGAACAAUCACAAAGUCGAGAG